CCGCUGGUCUGCUGAGGCGGCUGGCGGCGGGCGGCUGGGGGCGGGCGGCGGGCGAUGGUCUGCGGGCCGGCGCGGGACGAUGGACGGGCACGACGAGGUGGCGGCGCGCGAGCAGCACUUCCACAGCCGGGUGCGCGAGGGCACGAUAUGCUUCCUGCUCUUCGCGGUCCUGUACGCGGUCUCCUACUUCAUCAUCAGCAGAUACAAGAGGAAGGCAGACGAGCAGGAAGACGAAGACGCCGUGGUCAACAGGAUCUCGCUUUUCCUGAGCACCUUCACGCUGGCCGUGUCUGCGGGUGCCGUCCUGCUGCUGCCCUUCUCCAUCGUCAGCAACGAGGUGCUGCUGGCCUUCCCGCACAGCUACUACAUCCAGUGGCUCAACGGCUCCCUCAUCCACGGCCUGUGGAACCUGGCUUCUCUCUUCUCCAACCUCUGCCUGUUCAUCUUGAUGCCCUUUGCGUUUUUCUUCCUGGAAUCGGAAGGUUUUGCUGGCCUGAAGAAGGGGCUGCGUGCUCGGGUCCUGGAGACGCUGGUCAUGCUGGUGCUUCUGGCCUCGCUGAUCCUGGGCAUUGUGUGGGUGGCCUCAGCGCUCAUGGACCAGGAUGCCGCCAGCAUGGAGUCGCUGUACGAUCUCUGGGAGUUCUACCUGCCGUACCUGUACUCCUGCGUUUCCCUGCUGGGCUGCCUGCUGCUGCUCGUGUGCACCCCAGUCGGCCUGUCACGCAUGUUCACCGUCACGGGGCAGCUGCUGGUGAAGCCCGCGAUUCUCGAAGACCUGGAUGAGCAAAUGUGUGUCAUCACCCUGGAGGAAGAGGCUUUGCAGCGACGGCUGAACGGGCUGUCGUCGUCGUCGACGAGGGACAGUGGCGUCCCAGAGCUGGCGCGAGAGCUGCAGCGUGUGAAGACGCUCAAGACAAAACUAGAACGUCGGAAAAAAGCGUCAGCCUGGGAGAGGAACUUAGUGUACCCCGCUGUCAUGGUCCUCCUGCUCAUGGAGACUUCUGUCUCGGUGCUGCUGGUGGCCCGUAACAUCCUGUACCUGCUGCUGGACGAGACGGCCAUGCCCAAGGGCGCACAGGGCCCGGGCAUAGGAAUCGUGUCUCUCUCCGCCUUCGGUCUUGUGGGAGCCGCACUCGAAAUAGUUUUGAUUUUCUAUUUGAUGGUGUCCUCUGUUGUCGGUUUCUAUAGCCUCCGGGUUUUUGGAAGCUUUGUUCCCAAGAAGGAUGACACGACCAUGACCAAGAUCAUCGGGAACUGUGUGUCCAUCCUGGUGCUGAGCUCCGCCCUGCCCGUGAUGUCCAGGACGCUGGGCAUCACCCGCUUUGACCUGCUGGGCGACUUCGGGAGGUUUAACUGGCUGGGCAACUUCCACAUCGUCCUGGCCUACAACCUGCUGUUCGCCGUGGUCACCACCCUGUGCCUCGUGCGCAAGUUCACCUCCGCCGUCCGGGAAGAGCUCCUCAAGGCCCUAGGCCUCCACAAGCUCUACCUGCCGGGUGCGGCUGGGGACUCGGACGUGAAGCCGGCUGCCAACGGCCACCAGAAGGCGCUGUGACUUCCUCCCGCCCAGGCCACGCUGGCCAGCACUUGGGCUGGGCGUCUGUCUGCUGGGCCCGCCCGACCCGAGGCUCCCAGACGCCGUGGCCUCUCCGUGGACGCCAUCGCCAUCGGGGCCCAUGCGGACCCAGGACACGCCCUGCAGGCCACUGGGCCGCGGAACCUGUGCCCUGUCCCGCGUGAAGCCCUCCUCUGUCGCCGCCGCUCACUGCUCCCACUGCCCGUGACGGCCGGGAGGCCGCCAGACUGCGUCACUGUCCCCGAGAGCCUGUGGGGACGCCUCUGCCCUGGCUGGAACCGGACUCUCUGCUCUCGUGUGGCCGUGAAGGGCGUGGGCGCCCCCAGAGGGGUGGCAGCUGUCCAGAGCCAGGGCCUGAGCGGCGGGGACCCCCAACCUUCACGCGAGGCCCCGCGUGAGUCCCACCUCCCGCCCUCCCGCUAGUAAGUGGAUGGAUGUUUUAGAAAUGAAAUAAAAGGCAGCUUCUCUUGGAA